AAACGAGAGACGAAAAAAAAUAACCACAGGUUCGCACAAGUACAGUCUCCCCACGUGACCGUUAUGUUAAAUUUCUUGGUAAAGUCCGCGUUAGUAGGCGUCUUCCUGCCCGGUAUUUUAGUUGGAAAGGACGGACCAAAAUCGUUCAAAUGGACCAACUUUACAUUUCUCCGUUAAUGCAGUGUGACCUCCAUCCCUAGAGAUAGUAGGCUAGGUCGGUCCUGCGCUGUACGGGCUGGCACAAUGUUUUGGUUCAUGGAAGGAACGUGCUUUUUACCAACUUUUCUGGUAAUCUGGUCAUCUAGCACAUUCCUGAUUUCCUAUAUAAUUGCGGUGCUAGAUGGACAUGUAGAUGCAAUCUUCCCCUACAUAAGUGACACAGGUGCAAGACCCCCUGAGAGUGGCGUGUUUGGCCUGAUGACUACGAUCACAGCGUUUGCAAGUGUUGCCACCAUGUUUGCACGCUUCAAGCAUGUGCAGAAGUUACAGGAGGACGCCAACGCCAGGCCUUGGCUGAAUCUGGCCGCCUUCUGGUGCGGACUCGUUUCCUGCCUAGGAAUGGGCAUCGUGGGUACUUUUCAGGUGACGCUGAUGCCCUACACCCACGACGUGGGCGCUGUCAUGUUCUUCAUCUUCGGGGUGGCUUACACCAUCAUGCAGUCCAUUACCUCGUACCUCACGCACCCCUACGGGGCCUCCAUGGCCGUGUGCCACGUCCGAGCCGCCGUCUCCGCCCUGGCUCUGCUCGCGGCUUUUCCCAUGAUCGUCUGCGCGGCGCUCGUACCCAGCAAACUGGACUGGGACGCACAUGACAAGGGCUACGUCCUCCACUUAGUCAGCGCCGUCUUCGAGUGGGUGGUGACCUUCAGCUUCGUCCUCUUCUUCCUCAGUUACAUACGAGAGUUCCAGAGAUUCAAACUGACGCUGACCGCGGAGAUGCUCGUCGACACCUGACAGACGGCCCCUGCGAGAACAGUAUUUUCAAACGAGUGCUCAUAUUUUGAUUAAUAUUUAUAUUUUUUAUAAAAGUUUCUUCGUAGUGCUAAAUUGCACAUUGAAUAUGGGCUGGAGAAUAAAGAAAAACAGUGCUUUACAUGAG